GUAAAGCGUCUCAUCCGGGCGGUUGCGUUUCGCUCAGCUCGACUCAGAAGCUGAGCUGAGCUCAGUUGUUGGCUGGCCGAGCAACGGAUCGGUUGUGGUUCCCCCGGUUUCCCGACUCUGUGUCUCUGUGUGUGUGUGUCUUUCCACCAUAGUUCCACACCACGUGUGCAAAGUGCAUAGCGAUCAGCAAGAAGAUUGAAAACGUGUUAAUCGGUGUGGUGAGAAAAUCGGAAAUAGCUCGGAAAGGUGUUGCAAUUCUAAGACAGCAGCAGCAUGUCCACGAACGCCACCCCACGGAAGCGGGGUCGGUGCGGUGGUGCUGACGACGGACGGACGACCACCGCAACAUGUCGCCGACACGCUUUACCGGGCCACCAUUUGUCAACCGGGCGACAAAUGAUCGUGCGCCCGGCGAUGCUGGCCGCGCUGUUCAUUCUGACAGUUUUGCCCGCCGCCAUCUGCCACCCGAGAAGUUACGGUGGACCCGAUAUCGACCAGUCCGCCGCAUCGUUUGCAUCCGAUGAAACAGCCAACAGAACCGCCAACACGUACAAACGCACAGCUCCGCAAACAAACCGUAUGCUCCAGACGUGGAAGGGCCCGCCGCCAUCGUCGCUAGCAGCGCAGGCCACAGGUAGGGUUGGACCGGCACCGUCGGCACGGCGAAAAGUGCGCCCGCAACGCAUACACCAUCACCGGACGGGAGAUGUCCGGGUCGGGCGCAACAUCGGCACCGGUUUGGUCGGUGAUCAUGUAGGCGCUAGCAAUCAUAAGCACCAUAGCAAAUCGAUCGAUCGUGUUUCAUUGGCAAAGCAGCAACAGCGUGUGUACAGUAAUGUCCAGCAAGGCUCCAUCACCCUGGAGUUGGGAAGUCACGCUUUUCUAGAACCGGGACAGAACAGAACGAUUCCGUUCGGGCCUCAGCAAGACACUUCGAUAAUCCGACAACGUACUCCCUUGGUGAAAAAGAAACACGGACGACUGCAGCACGGUUCGCACCAGCAACGCGUUAAGCGUCCAAGCGUUAACUCGCUCCCUGCCGGUCCAUCCCGCCGCAAUGGAUCACCGCCCCAUCUGAGGUACACAACGAUCGGCGACCUUUGCAUCAGCUGUCCACCGGAACGGACAGCGAUCGCACGGAAAGGGCUCGACGGUGUGAUGAUCGAGCCGCCCUGUCUUUCCACCUGCAACGGUCGGCCCAUUUCGAAGGAACUGUACGAGCUGGAAACACUGUUCGGCCCGAAGGCGAACUUUGUGCUUCCGCAUUCGAACGGCCCACCGUACAGUUUUAUGGCGAAGGUGGUCAACAAGCAGAGUGGCAACACGGUGCUUACCUGCGAUCUUCGCUACAGGGUGAUCGUAAAGCAGUGCAAGCGGUACAAACCGAAGAAUCGCGAUCUGAAAGCAAGCUGCAAUCUGGGCAACAUCUGGGGCUCACGGUGCACGUUCCACUGCCGUGGCGGUGGCUAUCUUAGCCGACCGAACUCGUUCGUGGAGUGUGGCGAGAAUGAGCUGUGGGAAGGAGAGGAACCGUACUGUGUAUUCAAUGAUGUGUCCGAUGAUUACGCGGCCGAUAGCGAUACGCCAAACGUUGCUGCCGGUGACUGUCAGCUAGAUAUUCCGCCGGAAAAUGGACGCUUUGCCUGCGAUCUGAAGGACAACGAUGGUGCUUCCAACGAACUGGCCGUCCCGAACGGUACCGCAUGUCAGGUGAAGUGUAACGAAGGAUACCAUGUCCCGGCACAUCUGCAACCUGCAACUUACUUCGAAUGCAGCGAAGGCCAGUGGAACAACACGAUGCGUCCGUUCUGCUACAAACCCACGCCGAUGCCAGGCGGAAGCAGCCAGCGGCGCCGAGUUCACGGGUAGAUAAGUUAUUGAAGUAGUUUUGGUGUAUGUGCGAGCGAGGACGUCGUCGUUGGACAAUAAUAAGGUUAAAAGCUGAGCAACUAAUUUCGGCCCUACAGACACUGUAGUAGCUAAAUCACGAUUAAAACACCCGCUUGGCAGGAAUGUCGAAUCGACUGAUAUCGAACUCUAAGUAAUGUUGCCAUACAUAAUCACCAAGCGCAGGACUUAACCCCAUUUCAUGCACGCUCCGCCAGGUGUUUCGGUAACGCCGAAGUCUAUCUCUUCUUCAUAGAACAGGAUUACUCGAAAGGCUUUCCAAUCACAAGACAUUUGCGUUUCGUAUCCGCCGCACAUCGCAACCAAACUUACUAACAGCAGGGCAGAGCUGGGGGAAAAGCCACCGGAAAUUGUCUCGAACUGGCAAAGCAACCAAGUUGCGCGUUAUAGCUAAGAAACCCGUAAACUUGUUCCUUACUCAUCCAGCGUGAAAUGUAUUACGAUUGUGUGUGUGUUUUUUUUUCUUUAUAAUUUUGCUUGGUAACUCAAAUAGGACGUUAAGAUAGGGAAAAGCGAUUGAAGAAAAAUGAUCGAAGAAAAAUUUGUGUAUUAAUUAUAGGAGCGGCAAGUAGUGUUUUGACGCCCUGGGCGUCAUGAUUUACGCAACAAAAGCUACAAAAUAAUGAACUGUUAUUCUAAAAAAAAAAGAAGUUAUUUAAAUUAAAAUUGGAUGUUUAAUGAUAAAAUUUUUCAGAGUUCUAUAAACAUUAUUCCUAAAUUAAACCAAUGUUUCAAAGGUCAAAAGUAUUCCGUUGUACGCGUUGACGCCAUAUGAACAAAAUUACUUUUCUAUUGCAAUACCUGACGACGAUGAUGUAAACAACAGUUUUGAAACAGUUCGAAAAUACAGGAAAAAAAAAACGUAUAACUUAACUAA